GCAGGUUAAUAUUAGUUUUUCAGAGAACUCGAGUCUCAGUUAAUUCUUCGCAUUUCAUUUUGUAAUGCGAAUGUAACGUUAAAUACUAAAGCUUAAGCUUUUAUUUUUGGAAGAAAGAUGAACGAAUUCUCAGCAAUAUUUUUAUUCGGAGUUUAUUUCUCCUGUGUUACAUUUAUAAGCUUCUUUGAUUAAUAUUGUGAUUAAGGAUGGUCCCUGGAUUGUGACUAUAAUAAGGACCUUCCAUCAUGCUGUGUGUUUCCACGGCAGCUGUGUGGAGAUCAUUUCAGAACUGUUUACACUACAAACCCAGGAAAUGUUCACAUCAAUUUCUGCUGGGAAAUGUAGUCCAAAGAGGCUUGACGUCCUCUGGUCCACGAACGACCAGAUCACGAGAAAGAGUCACCCCUGUUUUCACUAAAGCCUUGGCUUAUGAAGACAAAGUGGCCAUUAUAGAUGAGAGCAGGAACCACAGCUAUAGCUGUCUUUACCACAGCAGCAGAGGCUUAGCAGCACAGAUACGCCAAGCAUUAGCCUGCCACUCAGGAGAUCUACAGGGCAAACGCAUUUCCUUUCUGUGUGCUAACGACGCGUCCUAUACGGUGGCUCAGUGGGCGACGUGGAUGUGUGGUGGCACGGCCGUGCCGCUCUACAGAAAGCACCCAGUGUCUGAGCUCGAGUAUGUCAUCUCAGACUCUAAGAGCUCGCUGCUGCUGGCUGGUGAGCCUUACACUGUCACGCUGGAGCCUCUAGCGCAGAAACUGGGGCUGCCAUGUCUGCAUCUCCCUCCCACUGUCAGUUUGGAUGCAUUGCAAACAGCAGAGCCACACGGCCAGUCUGAAGAGGUGAUUUCUGAUUGGGCAGAGAGGCCAGCCAUGAUUAUUUACACCAGCGGAACAACAGGAAAACCAAAAGGAGUCGUGCACACACACAGCAGCCUGCAGGCGAUGGUCCAGGCCCUGGUGAGCGAAUGGUCUUGGAGCAGAGAUGAUGUGAUUCUGCACACACUGCCCCUCCAUCAUGUGCAUGGCAUUGUGAAUAAGCUCAUGUGCCCGCUGUGGGUGGGGGCCACCUGCAUCAUGCUGCCUGACUUCAGCCCUCAGAAGGUAUGGGAGCAGUUGCUGAGUUCCCAAUCUCCAAUGGUGACCGUAUUCAUGGCUGUUCCCACCAUCUACUCUAAACUGAUCCAGCACUACGACCAGCACUUCACACAACCACAUGUACAGGACUUCAUCAGAGCUGUGUGUAAAGAGAGGAUCCGGUUGAUGGUGUCGGGUUCAGCCGCACUCCCCCAGCCCCUUCUGGAGCGUUGGAGAGAGAUCACGGCUCACGUACUGCUGGAGCGCUACGGCAUGACUGAGAUCGGCAUGGCGCUGUCCAACCCGCUGAACGGACCACGAAUCCCUGGUGCAGUCGGCGCUCCACUCCAGGGUGUUGAAGUGCGAAUCGUCAUGACAAACAUAAGCAACACCACCAUCGCUGAGGGCAACAGCAAGCACACACGGGUAAAGCCUGGGCUGGAGGGGCGGGAGGGUGAGCUGCAGGUUCGAGGCACCUCUGUGUUUCAGGAAUACUGGAAUAAGCCACAGGAGACCAAGGACAGCUUCACAGAAGAUGGCUGGUUCAAAACCGGUGACACUGCAGUCUACAAAGAUGGAGUCUACUGGAUCAUGGGGCGAACGUCUGUAGACAUCAUAAAGAGCGGCGGCUACAAGAUCAGCGCUCUGGAGGUGGAGCGCCACCUGCUGGCCCACCCUGACAUCACAGAUGUGGCUGUAAUCGGGGCGCGGGACUCCACCUGGGGGCAGAAGGUUGUCGCGGUUGUGCAGAUGAAGAAUGGGAAGACUAUAAGCCUUCCUGAGCUGAAGGCCUGGGCCAGAGAGCACAUGGCCCCGUAUACCAUCCCCACUGGGCUGAUUGUGGUGGAGGAGAUGCCUAGGAACCAGAUGGGGAAAGUGAAUAAGAAAGACCUGCUGCGCCAGUUCUUCCCCCACUGACAGUCUCCUCCACUUUCCACUCUACCCACUGACCUGGGGUCAGUGCUGCGGCUUUGUGUUAAACAGUGUAAGUCUGGGAUGGCUGAUCCAGGACCAGCUCAUGAAGAAGAACACCAGCAGACUCAGUGAAGCUUUAACUUUACCCUAAUCUCUGAUGAUCAGAGGGAACGCUGCUCACAUGCUCACAUCACCUGUACCCCUGCUUAAUUCUGUCUGUCACUACUUUUCUUUGCACUAAAGUAAAGCAGCACUCUUGGCUCUGAGCUCUUGUAAGGAAGGAUUUUCUCUAUUAACAUAACUGAAGGGUUUAAAGAUUCAAAUCUCUCUAGGUCAGUGUAUUUUAGUAAUUAUAAUGUAAAGUAUUAAUCAUUUUUUUAUUUGAAUUUUUAAUAGUGCAUCUUUUAAACGUUAAAUGAAUUGCAUAAUAUGUUUGUUGCCUAGCAGCAUUUGCCAGCCAGGCGAGUAGAUCAUAAGGGGUGUGUGUGUGUGUGUGUGUGUGUGUGUGUGUGUGUGUGAGCGUGAGAGAGAGAGGAGGCUCUGAAAUAAGGCUUCAUUAUUUAUUGUUUGUUAGCAAUUGUCUCUUGUGGUACUGAUGUAUUGUAGAAAUAACACAGGCCAAUUGUCAUUUGUAAUGUCAAAGCUUCAUCAGUGGGGUUUAAAUAGAUUUCAGGGCAGUCACAAUGUCGACCAAUAACAUAACAAACGAUGCCAUAUUUGGCUUCAUGCUCGUGUGAGGUGACCUACUCCGUCCCAGAAUGCAAGGGAAGAUGUUCAACUCUGGGAAUCUGGGAGUGAAAAGAAAGAAGCAGUGUAUAAGAAAUGGAAAUAUGUAUUUUUAUAUGCAUGUACUGUAUAUCAGAUAAAAAGAAAAGAAUUGAUGAAUUGCACAAUAAUGUUUAAAAUGAGUUAAAAAUACAAAUAUAGAAAGUCUAGAAAUGAUAGAAAGAUUUUUAAAUUUUUCAUUUAUUAUUAUACACUAUGGAAGGAUGUAUUCAUCUUAAUAUAAGAAUAUAGACAAUCUAUAAUUGUAUGUUAUAUAUUAAGUUAUCAAUUUAUCAGGUUCAGAACAUGUCACUUUUGAAAGUUUACAGUAACUGACUUUAGCCCAUGUUUGGUGAUGUGGAAGCUUUUGUCCAUUUUGUGUUAAAUUGUUUAAUAAAACAUGAACCAUGAUGAAACUAGAGUAGAAACUU